GAAAAAAAUGGUUUGACAAAAUUUUUUAGGCGACAAAUUUUUUAAUUAAAGGAACACAAAAUACAAACGAAACCUAGAGAGAGUGAGGGCAUCCUUUUUUCCCAAAUCAGCAAUGGCGUCCAUUACAUCAACCGGGACUGGGUUAACCAAAACCCUAAUUUAUCGUCCAAAACCCACCACCAGAACCCUUCACAGCUCACAAUUCAUCCCUCUGAAGCAACCCAGAUCAAUCCCACAAACAAGGGUCUUCAACAGAACAUCCUUAAAAGCAUCGAGCUCAAGUGCGCCAACAAGCUCCUCUCCUGGGCUGUACUCUGCACAGAAAUUCGAGCUCACCCCUCAAAACGUGGACCUGGUUCUCGAGGAUAUCAGGCCUUACCUUAUAGCUGAUGGUGGGAAUGUCGACGUUGUGUCCGUAGAAGAUGGUGUCAUCUCCCUUAAACUUCAAGGAGCAUGUGGGAGUUGUCCUAGCUCUACAACAACCAUGCAGAUGGGGAUUGAAAGAGUGCUCAAGGAAAAAUUUGGAGAUGCUGUCAAGGAUAUUCGCCAAGUAUAUGAUGAAGUAAAGGAGACGACAGUUGAGGCAGUGAAUGGCCAUCUUGAUAUAUUGAGACCUGCCAUUAAGAAUUAUGGUGGGAGUGUUGAAGUAUUAACAAUUGAGGGCAGUGAUUGCCUUGUGAAGUAUGAAGGUCCUGAGUCUAUUGGAUCAGGAAUCAAAGCAGCAAUCAAGGAAAAGUUCCCUGACAUUGUGAAUGUUGUCUUCGCCAGUUAAGAUGGUUUUGGCAUUACAAGAUUAGAGGAUUGGUAAUCUAUUUUAUGUUUUAUCAGGCUGGAGGUAUCUUCCCUACAGCCAAAAUGUGAUCCAAGAUUGUCUGUGUGUACCAUCUAGGCAUGAACAUUUGACCAUGAAUGAAAAUUGGUUAUAUUAUCAAUAUGUGGUCGGUAGUAUCAAACAUGAUACAUUUUUGACAUUACGCUACGUAAGCAAAGUAGCAAGUGAUUGUCCAAGUAAUCAAUCUCUGGAAGGUAAACUCUCAGAACUUAGGAAAUCAUUGAUGUUUUUCAACAGACUCAGCUUCACGUGUUUCUUCAGAAAUCAAUCUCAGUAUUUUCU